CAUGCUUGGGUGUCACGGCCCCAAACCCUGCAGGUUAGCCACCUGGGUGAGCGCCGCGUGGCGCCGGCUUCCGGGGCGCGUCGCACCUCCCGCUCGGGGCGGGGCCAAAGGGCUGCGCGCGCCUCCUGACGUCAUCGCCGCGCGCCGCCGCCCCUUCUUCCACUUCGCGGGAGAAGUUGUUGGCGCCAAUGGAUCCCGAGCUCCGCUAACGGACUGCCCAGCCCGCUGGCCUGUCCGCCUGCUCCUUCCUCCUGGGGCUGCGAUGGACAUUCGGAAAUUCUUUGGAGUUGUACCAAGUGGAAAGAAGCUUGUAAGUGAAACAGUAAAGAAGAAUGAGAAAACAAAGUCUGUUGAAGAAACUUUGAAAGCAAAGAAAGGAAUAAAGGAAAUUAAGGUAAACAGCUCUUAUAAAGAGGAUGCCUCCAAACAAAAGCAACCAAACAAAAAAAAGAGGAUCAUCUAUGAUUCAGAUUCAGAGGCAGAGGAGACAGUGCAGGUAAAAAAUGCCAAAAAACAAUCAGAGAAAGUAUCAUUGUCUAAACCUGGUAAAAUUUUACGACAGGAUCCUGUUACCUACAUUUCAGAGACAGAUGAAGAUGAUGACUUUAUGUGUAAGAAGACAGCCUCUAAAGCAAAGGAGAAUGGGGGAUCUACAAAUACUUACCUUGGGACAUCCAACGUGAAGAAGAGUGAAGAAAACACUAAGAACAAGAAUAAGCCUUUAUCACCAAUAAAACUCACACCCACAUCAGUGCUGGAUUAUUUUGGAACAGGAAGUGUCCACAGAUCAGAUAAGAAGAUGGUGUCAAGCAAAAGAAAAGAGCCUUCACAAAAUACAGAUGAUUCCAGAUUAAAUGACGAAGCCAUCGCCAAGCAGUUGCAACUUGAUGAAGAUGCAGAGCUGGAGAGGCAGAUGCAUGAAGAUGAAGAGUUUGCCAGAACAUUAGCCAUGUUGGAUGAGGAACCCAAGACCAAAAAGGCCCGAAAGGACACUGAAGAGGGAGAAACAUUUUCAUCUGUCCACGCCAGUUUAAAUAAAGCAGAAAAACAUAAACAUUCUCAAAAAGAAAAAUUUUCAAACGUGAGAAAGAACUACAGUCCUAAUAAGCAACCUAAAUGCAAAAGCUCAAAAGAAUCUCCACAACAUUCCAAGUCAUCAGCUAAGAAAAUAGAACCCUCUUCUCCGAAGGCUAGUUCUAAACUGGCCCUCAUGAAAACACAAGAGAUUUCUUAUAAAGAAGCAGAGCCCAUGCCCUCAAAAAGAAAAGAAAAUGCCACUGAAUUGAAAGGAGAGAAAAAAACUCCUAAGAAAACCAAAAGUUCUCCAGCUAAAAAAGAGGUAGGAACUUUCUGGGAAGUGUUUAUAUUGGGAGCUGAAAAUUGCUUGGAAGGCCUUACAUUUGUGAUCACAGGAGUGUUGGAGUCCAUUGAGCGAGAUGAAGCCAAGUCUCUAAUUGAACGUUAUGGGGGAAAGGUAACAGGAAAUGUUAGCAAGAAAACGAGCUACCUUGUCAUGGGUCGUGACAGUGGACAGUCCAAGAGUGACAAGGCAGCAGCCUUGGGGACAAAAAUUAUUGAUGAAGAUGGCCUGUUGAAUCUGAUCCGAACUAUGCCAGGCAAGAAGUCUAAGUAUGAAAUAGCAGUUGAAGCUGAGAUGGAGAAAGCAAAGUCCAAAUUGGAGACAACACCCCAAAAAAAUAACCGUGGAAAAAGAAAAAUUAGUCCAAGCAAGAACGAAUCAGAAUCUAAAAAGAACAAGCAGACUCCUAAAAGAGACAGCUCUACUAAGACAAUAAAAAAGGAAACAGAGGUAACAAAUGUGUUUCGGAGAGGCCUGGACUUCAAGGAGCAGGUGACCAAGGAAACAAGUGGUGACAGCAGGCCUAGGGAGUUGGCUGGUGACAGCAACGAAAGCAGAGUGGACAGUUUACUCUGGGUGGAUAAAUAUAAGCCAACCUCACUCAAGACCAUAAUUGGACAGCAAGGCGACCAGAGCUGUGCCAAUAAGUUGCUCCGCUGGCUCCGAAACUGGCACAAAAGUUCUCCUGAUGAGAAAAAGCAUGCAGCAAAGUUUGGUAAAUUUGCUGGCAAAGAUGAUGGUUCUAGUUACAAAGCAGCACUGCUCUCGGGCCCUCCAGGUGUUGGCAAGACUACUACAGCUUCUCUUGUGUGUCAGGAAUUGGGAUAUAGCUAUGUGGAACUGAAUGCAAGUGACACACGGAGUAAGAACAGUUUGAAAGCGAUUGUUGCUGAAUCACUGAAUAAUACCAGCAUCAAAGGCUUUUAUUCAAGUGGAACAGUGCCUUCUAUAAGCUCCAAGCAUGUUCUCAUCAUGGAUGAAGUGGACGGCAUGGCGGGCACGGAGGACAGGGGAGGGGUUCAGGAAUUAAUUGGCCUGAUAAAGUAUACUAAAAUUCCCAUUAUUUGUAUGUGCAAUGAUAGAAAUCAUCCCAAGAUUCGUUCUUUGGUUCAUCAUUGUUUCGAUCUUCGUUUUCAAAGACCUCGAGUUGAACAGAUUAAGGGUGCUAUGAUGUCUAUUGCAUUUAAAGAGGGUUUAAAGAUUCCCCCUCCAGCUAUGAAUGAAAUAAUUUUGGGAGCCAAUCAAGAUAUCAGACAGGUUUUACACAAUCUGAGCAUGUGGUGUGCACAAAGUAAAGCACUAACAUAUGACCAGGCCAAAGCUGAUUCGCGUCGGGCCAAGAAGGAUAUCAAACUGGGCCCUUUUGAUGUUGCCCGGAAAGUGUUUGCAGCUGGAGAGGAGACAGCUCAUAUGUCGCUGAUGGACAAAUCUGAUCUCUUUUUUCAUGACUAUUCGAUCGCACCCCUCUUUGUCCAGGAGAACUACCUCCAUGUAAAGCCUAUAGCUGCAGGGGGUGACAUGAAAAAGCACUUGAUGCUCUUAAGCCGAGCAGCAGAUAGCAUAUGCGAUGGUGACCUGGUGGAUAGCCAGAUCCGAAGCAGGCAGAAUUGGGGUCUUCUUCCCACACAGGCCAUUUAUGCCAGCGUUCUCCCUGGAGAGUUGAUGAGGGGGUACAUGACCCAGUUUCCCUCCUUCCCGAGCUGGCUGGGGAAGCACUCAUCAACAGGCAAGCAUGACCGGAUCGUGCAGGACCUAGCAUUGCACAUGAGUCUUAGAACUUACUCCAGCAAAAGGACUGUGAACUUGGAUUACCUCUCACACAUAAGAGACGCACUUGUCCAGCCCUUGGCUUCGCAAGGGGUAGAAGGAGUACAGGAUGUUGUUGCACUUAUGGACACAUACUAUUUGAUGAAGGACGACUUUGAGAACAUCAUGGAGAUCAGCAGCUGGGGUGGUAAACCCAGUCCCUUUUCCAGACUGGAUCCUAAGGUGAAAGCGGCCUUCACAAGGGCUUACAAUAAGGAGGCCCACCUCACCCCGUACUCACUUCAGGUAAUAAAGACUCCAAGAUCCAGUACAGGCCUGAUCCUGGAUUCUGAAUACAACGAAGAGCUACACGAAGAUGGUUCCCAGUCUGAAGAGAAAGACCAAGAUGCUAUAGAGACCGAUGCUAUGAUCAAGAAAAAGACAAAAUCUUCAAAGCCUCCCAAAGCAGAAAAAGAUAAAGAGCCCAAGAAAGGAAAAGGAAAAAGUUUGAAGAAAUGAAACCAUUUUCAGUACCAGCAGCCACGUUUCUGUCUCUCUCCUGCUCAGUCUUGUGGGUCUGAGGAAAGCCUUAUUUUUCCCAGGGAGCCACAUUCGGCAUAACAGGGACAACCUGGCACCCCCUUUGUACAGCGUGGUACAGCUAGUAGGAUAUAACUGGAAGGCUCACGUACACCUCUUAUAGAGGUUGAUAGACUGCUGUGGUCCUCCACUGUCGCCUGCCAAUCAGAUUGUGGUGUUUCAGAAUGACUGUAUCUCAUUAGAACUAGGAAGUACGAAUGGGCUUUGUGGUCAGAUUUUAGUUUGCAGUAACCAUCCUAGGAGCACUGGUACUGAGGCAUCUUCUACAUGCUGCUGAAGUUAAAACCCCUAAUGGCCUUUAUAGGACCAAUGCUAAUUUUUUAAAAAAAGUUCUUAUGUGGUGAAAUUUUGUAAAUAAAUCAUAAUACAAAAUAGUCACCACCUAGAACUGGGUAUUCUUUGUAUAUUGUCAAAUAUCUUGCAAAGUAUAAAUUAGGAAUCAAAAUGUUCCACAUGAUACAUGUACAAACUUUUCUAAGAUUAUCAUCUUGUACAGCAAAAUGCCUUGUUGGCGUAUUACUUAUUAAUUUGCAAGUGAUUGGAUUAAAAAGCUCACAACCAAUUGUGUGAAACAUUAAGAGUCAGAGUCAAGAGCUUGAAUUUGCAGUGUUCCUUGCUCUAUGCUGACGUCGUCACUGCGGUCAGUACUCUCCUGGAGGGGCCUUGUGGGACGCUGGAGGGCAUGGGCACUGUAGAAAGGUCGCCAGACUCCUGUCCUGUACAGGCUGAGCCCAGCAGGCUCAAACCAGUAGGGCCAAGGUGGGGUCACAUUCUGAGACUCUGGCUGGGCCCGGAACCCUGGCUGUUUACUGUGUCUCUGGAGAUUGGGCUCUGUUCUGUAACGGAGCCCACAGAUCUUCGGACUCUGCCUGUAAUGCUUGUGAAUGGCCCCAAGGCUGUAGAUCUAGCCUGGAGUUUAGGUGCCAGCUGCUUUUUAAUCUGGUCAGGAAAUACUCUGUGAUGUAGACAUCAUGAAUAAUGUAAAAUAAGCAUGUCUUCUCCCUUUAAGGACUUGUUUUGUUGGUGAUGAGAC